AUGGAUGUGGAGCCGUUAGGUUGCCUUUUUCCAAAUUCAGAUGUUCCAGACCUUAGGGUUCAGGAGUGUACGCCGGAAAAAUGCAAGAUUCAUACUCUUUAUUCUGUCGUUUCUGCUCAAUGCCCAUCAGAAGAUACUUCAACUAUCACUCCCAAUCCCAAUUCGUCAUCUACCUCUUUAUCUUCAGUGAAAUUAGUCCGAACACGAUGCAUGGUAAACCGGACUACCGAAGUAUUUUACUGGCUCCCUCCUGUACAUGAUUGCUUUUCAGCACAAACGGAAGAGGCUCCUCCCUACUUCUACGGUUCCAUUUACACCCUCCGACAGUUACAGCAAGCCUUCCAGGCAGGCAAAGCUGCAGCCGUCGCGGUUCGAGAAAAACCCCUUGUCUCCCUUUCAGUAGGCAUGUCUGCUCUCUCUAUAGUCCUUGUUCUUAUUAUGCUUCUUGGCGUGUGCCAUCGAAAUGUCCCAGACGUCGUCAGGGCCAGGAAUUCCUCAGGAAGUACUUCAACACAGAGACAACGACAAGCUGCCGCUAGACGACGGGCUCGAGCUAGGAACCGUCGACGGGAGAAUGGUAAUAGAAAUUCCAUUGGGACACAGGCAGAUGUUGCAGAACCCUCAGAUAGAUUAUUUAUCCUUCCUAGGCAGGAAUUUACUCGACGAGCUGAAACUAGUGGAGUCAAUGCAGGUUUCAAUGAUUCUGAAGCCCUACUCUCCCAACCGCAGGAAUUGGCAGGUCAUACUCCAGCUCUCUUGUCGGUAAUUCAUGAAGGCGAUCUUGCCCUGCCUGGUCAUAGUGAUCCGUUGAGCACAGAUUCCACCAAUCAGGGUGAUCGAGGAGGAGGAGGAGCAACUGUAAUUACUACUGGCUGUGAGGAUGAGUUGUCUCGACUCUCGUGCCUUGCUAUUCCUCAUGUUGAUACUCCUCCUGUGGAAUACCAGCCACCCCUUCCCCGGUACGUAAAUUAUUCAAGUAAUCUUAAUUCGUACUGCAAUAUAUAUUUCAUUUCUGAAAAUAUGAAAACUUCAAUCCGCAUGGCGUCUUUCAUUAAUCAAUCCUUUUCAUACUGA